AUGCUCGUGUCGACGUUCAAAUCGUCGUUAUUUCUAUUCGCCGUUCUCUACCUCGGGGUCCUCGGCACGGUGAAGAAGGAACCGCGAGGUCCGAUCCAAGAAGCGAUCCAAAAUGGCAUCGCGAUGCAGUACAGUCGGGAAAAUUGCGUGUGGAAACGCGGAAACGACAGAGACUCGUGUCCCGAUCCUGAUGUCCGGGUCUUCCUUUACACGUAUGAUCGACCAAGGCGAGAACUCGACGCCAGGCAGUCGGACUGGCUGCGCCAGGACUACGACCCGACCAAGGAAAACAUUCUUCUCGUACACGGAUACGCAGGCGGCGACGACACGCUACCCAUAUCCGUUCUUCGCGAUGCCUACCUUCGAAAUGGCAGCUACAAUGUCUUCCUGGUCGACUGGGGUGCCCUGUGCGCACCACCCUGUUACCCAGCAGCUGUAUCAAACCUUCGUCCAGUGGCCCGUUGCCUGGCAGGCACUCUGACCACCUUACGAAACCUGGGUUUACCUAUCACGAGGACAACCUGCGUUGGACAUUCGCUAGGCGCCCACAUUUGCGGGAUCAUGGCGAACUUUCUACUGUUCAGGAUGCACCGGAUAAUCGGUUUAGACCCGGCUAGACCUCUUCUGCGCCCGGGAUAUGUUAAUCGCCUGGACAGCGGGGACGCAGACUUCGUUCAAGUGAUCCACACGAACGCCGGAUAUUACGGGGAGGGUGGUCGCAUGGGACACGUGGAUUUCUGUGUGAACGGUGGCAAAGUGCAGCCGUUCUGCGAGAACAAGCCGAAUUAUCAGCUCUGCAGCCACGUCUGGGUCGUCUGUUACAUGGCCCAGAGCAUCGACAAUGGCGGCCAGGAGUCGAUGGCCGAGCCGUGCUCGAGAAGAUGUCCUUCUGGGCCCAGAAUCGCUUUGAGGGCUGGCGAAUACGUGUCUAUGGGGCAGCACACACCGGUCGGGACCAGAGGGUCUUUCUGCUACACCAGCAAACAUCCACCAUAUUGUCCCAAGUACGGAAACGGGCGUGGCGACGAGAGAUGCUGCGUGCCGGAAAAUAAACAUGUCACGUUCUAG